GGUAGUCACUGCUGUGGUGUCUGGAGCCUCUUCUUCUCUCUGGUAUCAGCCAUUUCUCCAGAGUCCCCCUUUAUCCCCGGUGCUGGGGGCUCUGAGAAGCGGGGUCUCUCCAGGAGCAGCGCCUGCAGUACUAGAAGCCUCCAGCUCCUCCAGGUCUCUCAUCUUCUCCUGAAUGAUCACCAAGGAUGGACAGGAAGGAGAUCAGCAGAAGAAUAUUAGACUUCACCUUGGAGAUCAUCUCCCUGCUGAGCGGAGAGGAUUACACCAUAGUGAAGAAGACAUCGGAGGAGACUCCCAUCAUCCAUGAGUCAGGAGGGUGGAGCAGGACCCCCAUCACUGAGCCUCCCCCCCUGAUACAUGAGCAGAAGAUCCUAGAACUCACCCACAAGAUGAUUGAGCUGCUGACUGGAGAGGUUCCUAUAAGGUGUCAGGAUGUGGCGGUCUAUUUCUCCAUGGAGGAGUGGGAGUAUUUAGAAGGACACCAGGACCUGUACAAAGACGCCAUGAUGGAGGCUCCCCAGCCUCUGACAUCACCAGAUGGACUUAUAGAAAGAAAUCCCCCCGAGAGAUGUCCCCGUCUUCUGUAUUCCCAGGACUGUCCAGAGGAGAAGCUCCCAGAGAACCAUCAGAUGACAAAUCAGGGGGAAGAUGUGACUGAUAUUAAAGUGGAGGAUGAAGAAGAGCGGAUGAUGGGCGAUCCCCCGUGUAAGAGUGAGGUGGAGGAGGACAUUCCAGUCCAUGUGACCACAGGUAUGGAAUAAUGAAUGGAGGAAGGGAAUUGGGAGGUUUCUUCAGAAAAUCCCAGUAAGAACUCUGAGGGAAACUUCAUCUUAUCACUAAAUUAUAAAGGAGAAGAUGAAGAUAUCGGGCAUGGCUCUUCAGGAGAAAACCUUAUUACCUGUAAUGUCCAUCCAGGACUUCACAGACCAGAUCUGUCAUAUAAUGCUCCUAAUCAUAAGGAACCUUCUCCUGACCAAUCACAGAUUGAUAUCACAAGUACCGGGCCGAAAGAGGCUACAAGUUUUCAGUGUGAGGAAUGUGGAAAACAGUUUACAGACAUUUCAGGUCUAUUUGCACACAGAAGAAGUCACACAGUAGAGACGUCGUAUUCAUGUUCAGAAUGUAGGAUAUGUUUUACAGAUGAACCAAAUUUUCUUAGACAUCAGAGAAGUCACACAAGAGAGAAACCAUAUUCAUGUUCAGAAUGCGGCAAAUGUUUUACAAAAAAGUCAAGUCUUGUUAGACAUCAGAGAUUUCACACAGGAGAGAAACCAGUUUCACGUUCCGAAUAUGGGAAAUGUUUUAGAAAUAAAUCAGAUCUUGCUAAACAUCAUAGAUCUCACACAGGAGAGAAUCUAUAUGAAUGUUCAGAGUGUGGGAAAGUUUUUACACAAAAGUCAUAUCUUGUUUCUCAUGAGAAAUAUCACACAGGGGAGAAGCCAUUUUUAUGUUCAGAAUGUGGUAAAUGUUUUGUCACUAAAGUAAACCUCAAGAUUCAUCAGAGAAGUCACACAGGAGAGAAACCGUAUUCAUGUUCAGAAUGUGGAAAGUGUUUUGUUACUAAAGACAGCCUAAAGGUUCAUCAGAGAAUUCACACAGAAGAAAAAAAAACAUUUAUAUGCUCCAAAUGUGGUGACUGUUUUAUAAAAAAGUCAUGUCUUGUUACACAUAAGAAAGUUCACAUAGGAGAGAAGCCAUUUUGAUUUUCUUAAUGUGAAAAAGAAAAUCAGAAUUUGAAACUCAUUAGAGAAUUCACACAUUGAAGAAACUACAUUCUUGUUUGGAAUGUGGAAGUGUUUCCAUGCCUAUAUGAGAGUUUAUUUUUCUGUGGAAUUACCCUGGGUCUGCCAAACACCCAAAUUAUAUUUCCCUGAGGUCAACAGUGACCAGGAUCCAUGGAGGAAAAGUAUUGUGGAUUUGAGGAAAAAGAAGAAGAGCAUUGUUUACUGUCAGAGCAGUGAAGAUCAUUGUCCCCAUGGACCUUGCUUCUUACCGUAUUCAUACCUCCGCCAGCACUGCAGAAGAAUCCAGAGGGACACAGU